AUGAUUCGAUCUUUGGCCGCGGCAUAUAGGCCCCGACUGCUCCCCAGACGCCCCCUCUCAGUCCCCUCAUGCUACCGUCCAUUCUCCGCCUCAAGAUGGACCUUCUCUCCAGACGUCUUCCACUCCCAGCGUGAGGACCCCUCUGCCUCAGCCAUCCUCUCCUCUCUUGAAUCCGCGACCGACCCCGUACCGCAGACCCUCGUUGAGAAAAUCGUCCAGAAGUAUUCCGUCGGCCUAGCUCCGGGCAAACACGUGCGGUCCGGCGACUAUGUCACCAUCUCCCCCUACAAAUGCAUGACCCACGAUAACUCAUGGCCCGUCGCGCUCAAGUUCAUGUCCAUCGGCGCGUCUAAACUGCAGGAUCCUAAGCAGAUCGUCAUGACUCUGGACCAUGACGUGCAGAAUAAGUCGGAGAAGAAUUUGCUCAAGUAUCAGCAGAUUGAACAGUUUGCCAAGACUCAUGAGGUAGACUUUUAUCCUGCGGGGCGCGGUAUUGGCCAUCAGAUCAUGGUCGAGGAAGGGUACGCUUGGCCUGGCACCCUAGUGGUGGCAUCGGAUAGCCACUCCAACAUGUACGGAGGAGUGGGAUGUCUGGGUACCCCCGUGGUACGGACAGAUGCUGCUAGCAUCUGGGCCACGGGCAAAACAUGGUGGCAGAUCCCUCCAGUUGCGAAGGUUAACUUUACUGGUGUCUUGCCCAAGGGUGUUACGGGCAAGGAUGUGAUUGUCGCGCUCUGUGGCCUGUUCGACAAGGACGAUGUCCUCAAUCAUGCCAUUGAAUUCACAGGAUCGGAAGAAACCAUGAGAAGUUUAGCGGUCGAUGACAGACUUACCAUUGCCAACAUGACAACAGAAUGGGGCGCUCUCGCUGGCAUCUUCCCCGUCGACAACAUCUUGAAAGGCUGGUUGAGAUCCAAAGCGACAACCGCAGCUAUGUGGGGUGGAUCCCAGAACGGUCUCCCAAGCUCAGCAAAUACACGCUUCACACAUUCCCUACUGGAUAAAAUGUUCGAACGGCCCCUUGCUGCAGAUAAGGGCGCCCACUACGCCAAAGAGCUCUACCUGGAUCUGUCUACGCUUGCUCCCUACGUCUCUGGCCCUAAUUCCGUGAAAGUGGCUACUCCCUUGAAUGAGCUAGAAGGACAGGAUAUCAAGGUUAACAAAGCAUAUCUCGUCUCGUGCACAAACUCCAGAGCAUCUGACCUUGCCGCGGCUGCAAAGGUCUUUAGGGAGGCUGCAGAGAAAAACGACGGGAAAAUUCCAAAGCUAGCAGAUGGCGUCAAAUUCUACAUCGCAGCUGCCUCUAUCCCCGAACAGAACGCUGCAGAAGAAGCUGGUGACUGGCAAGUCCUGGUCGAAGCGGGAGCCCAACCACUCCCGGCUGGUUGUGGACCAUGUAUCGGCUUAGGAACUGGUCUUCUGGAACCGGGCGAAGUGGGAAUCAGUGCAACAAAUCGCAAUUUCAAGGGUCGGAUGGGUAGCACCGAAGCAAAGGCGUACCUUGCCAGUCCCGAAGUCGUCGCCGCCAGCGCGCUGAGCGGCAAAAUUAGCGGGCCGGGCUGGUACGAGAAGCCGGAGGGAUGGACUGGCGUUAUCCGUGGCGAAGGUGAUGGCAUCAGAGAAGAAGAUAGAAUGCUUACGGCCGAAGAAUCCAUUGCCAAAGUCAUCGGCCAGCUCGAUACCAUGGUCCAAGACGCCGAGAAGAUCUUCGGUGACAAAGCCACAUCAUCAUCAGCCUUAACAUCUCCACAAGAAAGUGCGUUUCAACAACAGCAGCCCCAAUCCCAACAAGAGCCUGAAACCGACUCCCCCGCCCUCACCGAACUCUUCCCAGGCUUCCCCGAACGCGUCUCUGGCGAAAUCAUCUUCUGCGACGCCGACAACAUAAACACCGACGGCAUCUACCCCGGCAAAUACACCUACCAAGACAACAUCUCCAACGCCCAAAUGGCCAAAGUCUGCAUGUCCAACUACGACGCCGCCUUCUCCCAGCUCGCGCGCGCAGGCGACAUCCUCGUUACAGGCUUCAACUUCGGCUGCGGCAGCUCGCGCGAGCAGGCCGCGACAGCUAUCCUAGCCAAGCGCAUCCCGCUCGUCGUCGCGGGCAGCUUCGGCAACAUCUUCUCGCGCAACAGUAUCAAUAAUGCGCUGAUGGGGCUGGAGGUGCCGAGGUUGAUUGAGCGGUUGAGGGAGUCAUUUGGUAAUGCCGGUGCUGAGGAUGGGAAGAAGGCGCUCACGCGCAGGACUGGGUGGACGUUGACAUGGGAUGUUAGGAGGAGCCGGAUUGAGGUGCAGGAGGGCGAAGGGGGUGCGAAGUGGACACAUAAGGUUGGUGAGUUGCCGCCGAAUGUGCAGGAGAUUAUUGCGCGGGGUGGGUUGGAGAAGUGGGUUAAGAAUGCUAUUGCGGAGUCGUAG